GUGCCAGCGUGAUUUUUAUAAGACAGCAAAAGGUUUCAAAAAGCACCAGGAAACAUGAAGACCAAACAUUUUGCUCUGCUGUGUAUCCUUAUGAUAUUCUGUCAGCUGUUGCAAGCUGACAGUGAAAUAGUGAAAGAGAGAAAAAGAGAGAGACCAAAUAAUGGCAGAGGGGGAAGAGCCCAAGCUGGACAUAAUAAGAAUGCCAAGGGCCAGAGAAACAGAGGACAAAAAGGUUUUCCCACAAAAGGGAAGUUUACAACUAAAGAGAAGGCUGAAUGUUCCUGGACUAUAAAUGAGAAAGAGACCACUCUGCUAAAGGUAGACUGCAAAAAAGGGGAAGAUGCUUUCUCCUGUGCUUUUUCAGGCAGUCCAUCUACCUGCCCGCAGUAUGCAGAAAACCAGAAGGUCUUCUGGAAGGAAAUCACUCGAUCUCUAAAGAAGCAGAAGAAUCUCUGUAAGGACCCCAAGGCUGUUUUAAAAUCUAAAGUCUGUAAGAUUGGGCCACCUACUGCCCAUCUUAGACUGGUUAUGGAUACCAAGCCAGAGAUCCCAACACCCAAGCAGCCAGAGAAAGAAUCCAGUGAUUGUGUGGAAGAUAUUGAUUACGUGGAUCAGAGAAAGGUGGCUGAAGAGAACUGCUCUGAAAUGUGGCAAAAUCUUUGCUACUUCAUCAUUUCAAUGAUACAAGAUAAAAAGUGCAGUUAGAAAGGCAAGGGAAGUAGGCCAAAGGUCUUGAGUUACUACGGGCACAACUGUCUUGCAAACAGUAUCAAGAGCAAACAAUCUGAAUUGUUCUCCAGUCAACCUCCACUUGUGGAAGUAAAUGCAAUGUAUUUUGUUCUUUUGCUAAAAAAAUAUGACUGUAACUAUUAAUCCUCUCCACCAGUCAUCCAUUCCUUUCUUCCUCUGUGUAACUUGGGAGAAAAGUGUCAGAUGAAAGAGAUAAAUCUGAUGGAAGGAUUGCCAGCAAUUGUCUUCUAUGUUGUAAUAUCCAAUACGAAUACAAAGGCACAUUUUUAUUAGGCCAAUUUGAUUUUACAUGUCAGUGCAUAAGAUGUCUAAGACAGUGGUGGGAUUCAGCCAGUUUGCACCACUUCGACAGAACCGGUAGCUAAUUUUUUGUGCCCAGGUGCAGAAUGGACUUCCAGAAGCAGCAUCCACACCGGUUGUUCACAUAUUUGAAUCCCACCACUGGUGUAAAAACACUAUAUCAAGCAAGAUCAGACAAAAAGGAAGUCUGGGUGGAGGGGGUGAUAUAUUGUAUUUAGGAAAGGAAGAGUCAGAAUGAGCUUUUCAAUAAAGAUACAAUAAAACUAUUUCUCAAUGGAUCUCAGGGGUGUCUGGUGCAGAUAAAAUAUCAAAAAAGUCAAGAUGGAGGCCACAGCCAUGCAAUCAAAGUCUCAUUCCCAUUGUGCAUGUAAAAGAGGGUGAGGCUUGGAUAAAAAUGGAUUUAUAUAGUGAGCUAUGCAAAUGUUACAAAGAUGUGAAAAGUUCCAAGUAUUGCUUCAUUCUUUCCUGUAUAUUUCUAACCAAAGUGAUUAUUUCAAUGCUAUGCACUUUUUAAUUAUUUUUGAAUGUACACUGCUAAAAAUAAAGCCUUUUAAAAUUG